UUAUUCCAGCUCUCUGGAUUUUCUAGCAUGAGCCGCCAAUUCACCUACAAGUCGGGAGCUGCUGCUAAGGGGGGCUUCAGUGGCUGCUCCGCUGUGCUCUCAGGGGGCAGUUCGCCUUCCUACCGGGCAGGGGUUAAAGGGAUCAGUGGGGGCUUUGGGAGCCGGAGCCUCUACAGCCUGGGGGGCUCCCGGAGCAUCUCCUACAAUGUGACCAGUGGCAGUGGGCGAACAGGGGGCUAUGGAUUUGGCCGGGGCCGGGCCAGCGGUUUUGCUGGCAGCAUGUUUGGCAGUGUGGCCCUGGGGCCCGCAUGUCCAUCUGUUUGCCCUCCAGGGGGCAUCUCUCAGGUCACAGUCAACAAGAGCCUCCUGGCUCCCCUCAAUGUGGAGCUGGACCCUGAGAUCCAGAAAGUGCGUGCCCAGGAGCGGGAGCAGAUCAAGACUCUGAACAACAAGUUCGCCUCCUUCAUCGACAAGGUGAGGUUCCUGGAGCAGCAGAACCAGGUGCUGGAGACCAAGUGGGAGCUGCUGCAGCAGCUGGACCUGAACAACUGCAAGAACAACCUGGAGCCCAUCCUGGAGGGCUACAUUAGCAACCUGCGGAAGCAGCUGGAGACGCUGUCGGGGGACAGGGUGAGGCUGGACUCAGAGCUGAGGAACAUGCGGGAUGUGGUGGAGGACUACAAGAAGAGGUAUGAGGAGGAAAUAAACAAGCGCACAACUGCUGAGAAUGAAUUUGUGGUGCUUAAGAAGGAUGUGGAUGCGGCUUACAUGAGCAAAGUGGAGCUGCAGGCCAAGGUGGACGCCCUGGAUGGAGAGAUCAAGUUCUUCAAGUGUCUGUACGAAGGGGAGAUUGUUCAAAUCCAAUCUCACAUCAGUGACACAUCUGUCAUCCUAUCCAUGGACAACAACCGGAACCUGGACCUAGACAGCAUCAUCAAUGAGGUCCGCGCCCAGUAUGAGGAGAUCGCCCUGAAGAGCAAGGCUGAGGCUGAGGCCCUGUACCAAACCAAGUUCCAGGAGCUUCAGCUGGCAGCUGGUCGGCAUGGGGAUGACCUCAAGCACACCAAGAACGAGAUCUCAGAGCUGACCCGGCUUAUCCAAAGGCUGCGCUCAGAGAUCGAGAGUGUGAAGAAGCAGUGCUCCAACCUGGAGACAGCCAUCGCUGAUGCCGAGCAGCGGGGUGACUGUGCCUUGAAGGAUGCCCGGGUCAAGCUGGAUGAGCUGGAGGCUGCCCUGCAUCAGGCCAAGGAGGAGCUGGCCCGCAUGCUGAGGGAGUACCAGGAACUGAUGAGCACAAAGCUGGCCUUGGACAUAGAGAUCGCCACCUACCGCAAGCUGCUGGAGGGCGAGGAGUGCAGGAUGUCUGGAGAAUACACCAACUCUGUGAGCAUCUCAGUCAUCAGCAGCUCCACAGCUGGGACCGCGGGCACAGGAGCUGGCUUUGGGUUCAGCGGGACAGGCACCUAUGGCUACCGACCCAGCUCUGUUGGCUACAGCAUGCUGUCUGGAGGCUGUGUCACUGGCAGUGGGAACUGCAGCCCUCGAGGGGAGGCCAAAACCAGACUGGGGAGUGCAAGUGAAUUCAAGGAUCCCUCUGGGAAGACCUCAGCUCUGAGUUCACCUACUAAGAAAACUACAAGAUAA